UAUGCGGAGCUCGUAGUUCCGCAUAUACCUCAUUUUGAUACAUAUAACCAAUGUUUUACAUACUUUAUUUAAAUGACAUAUAGAUAAAUGUACGUAUUUAAUAAUGAUAAUCUGUUGAUUGAAUCGAAAAUUCAUUAUAAAGUUUAAAAAACAUUAUCUAGUAUUUCAUUUGCGUAUCAACUAGAAGUCUACUGACAAGACGAAGAGAAUGCAUUAAUGUGCCAUUUUCUUAAUGUGUAGAAUUAAUUGAUUUCUGUGCAUAAGGAGAGUAUAUGUAUAUGCUAAGUGAGGUUAGACACACCAAAUAAGUAAACGAAGUUUUAGUCUUUUAAAGUACAAAAUAAAAACACCAGAACAAUGGGAGAACGUAAAGGAACAAAUUUGUAUUACCCACCGGAUUACGAUCCUCGUGUCGGUGGACUCAAUAAAUUUCUUGGUACCCAUGCGUUACGUGAGAGAGCACGUAAACUCCACAUGGGUAUCCUUAUUAUUAGAUUUGAGAUGCCAUAUAAUAUAUGGUGCGAAGGAUGCGGCAAUCACAUAGGAAUGGGUGUUCGUUACAAUGCAGAAAAGAAAAAAAUUGGGAUGUAUUAUAGCACGCCCUUAUAUCAGUUUCGCAUGAAGUGUCAUCUUUGUGAUAAUCAUUUUGAAAUAAAAACUGAUCCAGCUAAUUUAGACUACGUGAUAGUAAGUGGUGCAAAACGGCAAGAAAAUCGGUGGGAUCCUAAAGAAAAUGAACAAGUUGUACCAGAAACAAAAGAAGUAUCGUGUAGACUUUAUGAUGAUGCAAUGUAUAAAUUGGAACAUGGUAUAGAAGAUAAAAAAGUAGCAAAGUCGCGUGAUUCUUUGUUGGAAAAUGCAAUAGCAUUGAAAGAAGCUACAUGGAAAGAUGAUUAUACUUCAAAUUGUGCACUGCGCUCUGCAUUUAGGACUAGGAAAAAGGAAUUACAGAAAAGGCAAGGUAUUGAUCAUAUGUUACUUACAAAAAGUGGUUUAAAUAUUGAUUUAGUGAAUGAACAUGAAGAUGAUGUGAAGUUGGCAAAGUUACUAAUGCAUAAAAAAGGAGAACAAAAAAGUAGGCACAAUCCUUUGAAACGAUUGGUUUCUAUUGUGCGUUCUAGAAAUGAAUUAAAAAAAGCAUCAUAUCCUGCGUUAAGUAGUGAUGUCAAGAUACAGAAAGAUCAAACACCAAAACUUCCAGAGUUGAAGCCAAAACAUACAUCAAGAACAGUUACCAGUACAUCGCUAGUUACUUAUGAUAGUUCUGAUUCGGAUAAUGAUUCAUAGUAUUCUUUAUUUAUAAAAUAUGUAAUAUAUUGUAAAUUGUGUGUGUAAUUAAUACAAUUUCUACUA